AUGUUGCUCCUGUUCGAGACCCCGGCGGGGUACUCCCUGUUCAAGGUGAAGGAUGAGAAGAAGCUCGGCGACGUCGAGAAGUUACAAGACGCCUUUAGCACCGUGGAGGGGGCGAAGAAGAUGGUUUCGAUGAAGGCGUUUAGUAAGUUUGAGAACACCACCGAGGCGCUCGCGGCGGCGGCCACCUUGGUCGAUUCCAAGGUUGGGAAAUCGCUGAAGAAGUUCCUGACCAAGCACGCCGAGGGUGAGACGCUGGCCGUGGCGGACUCGAAGCUCGGGGCGGCGAUUAAGGAGAAGCUCGGUAUCAACUGCGUCGCGGACAGCGGGGUGAUGGAGCUCAUGCGCGGCGUGCGUUACCAACUCAACGAGCUCAUCGGAGGUUUGACGGACGCCGAUCUCGCGCCCAUGGCGCUCGGUCUCUCACACUCGCUGUCGAGGUAUAAGCUCAAGUUUUCUCCCGAUAAGGUUGACACGAUGGUGAUCCAAGCCAUCGGCUUGCUCGACGAACUCGACAAGGAGUUGAACACUUACUCUAUGCGCGUGCGCGAGUGGUACGGUUGGCACUUUCCCGAGCUCACGAAGAUCAUCGCGGACAACAUGCAGUAUGCCAAGGCGGCUAAGCUCAUGGGAGAUCGCGCCAACGCCGCCAAUCUCGACUUUUCCGGCAUUCUGGAUGAAGACGUGGAACAGGAGGUGAAGGACGCCGCCAUCAUCUCCAUGGGGACGGAAAUCUCCGAGGAGGAUUUGAGCAACAUCGGACAACUCGCAGACCAAGUAAUCGCCCUGAGCGAGUACCGUGCGCAGUUGUACGACUACCUCAAAGCGCGAAUGAACGCCAUUGCUCCGAACUUGACGGUGCUCGUUGGCGAACUCGUCGGCGCCCGUCUCAUUUCUCACGCCGGUUCGUUGAUGAACUUGGCGAAGCACCCGGCGUCGACGGUGCAAAUUUUGGGCGCCGAAAAGGCACUUUUCCGAGCUUUAAAGACGAAGCACGAAACGCCGAAGUACGGUUUGAUAUAUCACGCGUCUCUCAUUGGCCAAGCUGCGCCCAAGUUCAAGGGUAAGAUUUCUCGCGUCUUGGCGGCUAAGUGCGCCUUGUCGAUUCGCGUCGACGCCUUGGGCGAAUCUUCCGAGGCGACGAUCGGCGUUGAUGCUCGCGAAAAGGUUGAGGCGAGACUCAGACAGCUCGAAGGGAAGUCGCUUGGCGAAGCGUCUGGGGUCAAGAAGCUCUCCGGUGACAUCAAGAAGCACGACAAGGAUCGCAACGCGGAUGCUCCGGCUCUCCUCACCGCACCCAGGUCAUACAACCCGGAUAAGGACGUGACCAAGAAGGAGAAGAAAGAGAAGAAGGAUAAGAAGGAUAAGAAGGAGAAGCGCGAGAGAGAUGGUGAUUCCCCGAAGUCGGCGAAGAAGAGCAAGAAAAGCGACUAG